AUGUGCAAUGGACAAAAGAUUAGGGAAGGGAAGGCUUACUUCUUUGGCGGGUUCUGCAGCCUUCUUCUCCGGCAGCUGCAAAUGCUUGUUCUCCGGCAGCUGCAGCGUUCUUCUUUGGCUGGUCGGCGGAGAAUCCAGGCGCCGCUGGAGACUGCUGGCACGCACGGUGGUCGUCGCCGCUUGCCGGCUGCUGGAGAUUGCUGGCGACGGUGGAGAGUGGAGAAGUCGCCGCCGCUUCCUGGCUCCUGCUCCCAGCAGCUGUAG